AUGGAGUUUCAUUGGCGGGAACCAGACUCGAGGUGGGGACACGUGGCGGCUAUUGGAGACACGGCGGCGCGGGGGAACGCAGAGCGAGGGCAGAUGGUGAUGGUGGGGGAUGUGGUGCGGCAGGUGUCUGUGGCUCAAGGCACACCACUCACACAAGUCAUUGAUCUUCAAUCCCUCGUAACCGCAAUCGAGGACGGCAAGGGCCCUUGCACGUUUGUGCUAGAGCGAGCUCUACACGCCCCCACCACCCAACGCAUUAUCCUCUCCCACCCUCUCCGCUCCAACAACCCCGGCCGCUCAGCAGCUGCCACGUGGCACCACCCGUCCAGCUGGCCGCGCUACAGUGCCAGCAGCGCCAUGUCAGCACGGACACUGUUCACGCGGGGGGGAGUGGGGCGGGUGGGUCUUGUAUCGUUUUCUGAGCUGAGGCCGCAUGGGGAGAGGAGGAGAGAGAGGAGGGAGUGGGGUGGGCGACAGGGAAGGGGGGAAGGUAGGGUGGAGGAAGGGGAUAGGGAGGGGAGUGAGUUGAGGAAGGGAGAGGAGGGAAAGGGUGGGUCGGCGCUAAGUCAAGUGCAAGGGGAUGGUAGUGACGGUGGUGGCGGGGGAGGCGAAAUGAGAGGAGAGGUGAGGAUGAAAGAAGGAAAACAGGUGGGGCAAUCAGUGGGAGUGGGAGCAGCAGAAAGAAGAGAGGGGGAGCAAGGGGAUGGGACAGCUGUAGAUGUGACCGAGCCUAUAGUGAUCCAGAAUACAAAAGAGGCUGAGACAGGGUUAGCGAGAGAAGUGGAGGGGCGUGGGGAGGAUGGAGAGAAGGUGGAGGAUAGGGGGGAGGUGGAGGUUGGGGGAAAGGCGGAAGACCGGGGUAAGGUGGAGGGAGUGGGCGUUGCAGAAGAAGGGGGAAAAAAGGAUAUGUUGUUGAAAGGAGAGGACGAGCGGAGUGCAGAUGGGGACGGGGGCAUGGGACAUGGAGGAGGGGAGAAAAUGGUGGAUGCAGGGAUGGGAGAUGGAGUAGGGGAGAAAGGAGGGGAAGCGCAGAAGCCAGGAGGGUGGGGUGUGAGGGCGAUAGUCGGAGGCACUUUGUGGGGUAGGAAAAGGAAGUCUGGAAAGGAGAAAGGAGAGGGAGGAAGGGGGGGGAAGGAGCGGGUGGAGCAAGCACAGGCGGAGCCAGAGUGGGUCUUAUUUCCGUUCUUCGAGGGGAAACUUGUGUCUGGCUCGGAUUCAGGUCCGGAUUCCGGAGCUGAUGAGAAUUCUGGUGUGCAGGACGCAACUGGUUCGGGUCCAGGGUUGGAAAGUCGAGUGGCUGUCGCCCAAGCCUCUGAAACCCAAGGCACCCUGCCCGCCGAAGCUGACGAAAUUGAUGGAAGGGAAGGAGGCUUGGCAGAAGAGAGGGCUUCUAACCGGGAAGCGUCCACAAGAAAUGAGGGUGGGGGAGGCGAAUCUGGGGCAGGUGAGGCUAGGGCAUGUGAGGCUGGGGCAUGUGAGGCUGGGGCAGGUGUGGCUGGGGCAGGUGUGGCUGGGGCAGGUGUGGCUGGGGCAGGUGUGGCCCCAGCUAUGGGAACUGCAGCUCAAGAAGCUAGUCAAGAGAAGAUCGAGCAGGGAGAUACGACCCUGGAGAGAAUAGAAGGGAAGGAAGAGAGGAGAGGAGAGGUGGAGGAGGAGGAUGGUGCGGAGUGGGCGCAGGCAGCAGAGGCAGCUGCAGCUCUUGCAGCUGCUAUGGGAGGAGGGAGGGGAGAGGAGGGCCGGGAGAGCAAUGAGGAGGAGGGUAUGGGAGAACGGGGUGACAGGGGCGAAAGGGAGAGAGGCGAGGAGGGGGUGGGAGAGAGGGAAGAGUGGUUCGGGGAGGGGAGGCAGCAGGGUCGGAAGGAUGCGGAUUGGCAGUGGCCGGAGCGUGGUUUCUGGGAUGCUUCCUCUGGGAAGGACGGGGGGGUGGAGGGGGGGGGAAAGGGGUGGGGGCUUGGGGUGGGGCGGGUGGAUGAAUUUGUGGAGGCGUACACAAGAGGCGUGGGGGACUCACGAUUCGAGCCACUCCACUCACCCACUCACACACAGGUAUCAGAGCAUCUGGCGUUUGGAGCAGCGCUGCUGUGCCCGGAAGACAUCACGUCUGCACACCAAAGGCUGGGCACGACAGCAGUGCUGGACCUGCAGCGAGCCACGGAGAAGCUCAACUGGGCGGUGGACGUGGAUGGCAUGAACCGGGCGGCACGGGACGUAGGGGUGAUGGUGGUGCACCACCCCAUCAGGCACCACGACGGGCAUGACUUGAGACGAAAGCUCCCAGUGGCGGUGGGGAUUCUGCACCGCCUGCUGCGCCGGGGCCUGCAUGUGCUGGUGACGGAUACAGACGGGGUGGACAGGGCGCCGGCAGUGGUGUGUGCAUACCUGCACUGGGUGCUCGCCAUCCCGUUGCCUCAGGCUCUUCACUUUGUUUGUGACGUCCGCCCCUGCCAGCCCAACCGGGCGGCACUGGCAGCGGGCACAUGGGAUCUGGUGGCCAUUCUGCGGCAUGGGGUGAGGCAUACGGGUCCUGCCACGCACUCAGUGCAGAUUGCAUGGAACCACGGGGGGCGCGAGGUGCUACUGGUGGGGGAGCUAUCAGGCGGGUGGAAGAACCCAGUAGCCGCCACUCCAGUGGGGGGUUCCAAGUUCGUCCUCGCUCUCAGGCUGCCCCUCGGAUCCUACCGCUACAAGUUCAUAGUGGACGGGCACUGGAGGCAUGCAGCAGACCUGCCCACAGAGGUGGACGAGUGGGGCAACACCAACAACGUGCUACACAUGGGGUCGCUGGCCCGGCACACCAAUGAUGCGGUGAGGGAGAGGGUAAUAGAGCGCCCACUCACGGACCUCGAGAGGAGAAUGGUCACCUUUGCCUCCCAGCGCGUUGCCUUCUCCGUCUCGCCAAUCACCUUCACUCCCAAGCUGCGCCCGGCACGCUCUUGA